UUUGCAACACCUGCGCAUGCACAGCGAUCGAUGGUCAUGGAUGCCUCGCGCGAGCCGCUUGACUUGAUCAGCGCGUGCUGAGAGAUCACAAGCGCUCCUCUCCAUCCCUUGCUCUAGCGACGACACAGACACUCACAUUCACGAUUGGCAUCAGCACAUCGCACGUCGCGAUCCACGUGCCGCUCUUAUAGCACUUUCGCUACUUCUACAGAGAUGUCUUCACCGGCAGCGCAGUCAUUGAAAGAGCCUACAGCUCAGUCUGAGCUUCCGCCAAUCGCCCCGAGCAGCUCGUCACAAAUUACAGAGGACAGAAGUCCUCACUCGAGCGGAAGUACUACCGCACAAGACUUGUCCGCGUGGUCCAAGUUUUUCAACCGACAUGCACAGCUUGGGAGGAAUAGGAGACACAGAAAUGAAUCGGAUCACAAGGAGUCAAUGAGGAAGCUGCGCAGGCUGGUCCUAAAUAGAGUACCUGACGACGAUCUCCAUACGCCCUUCGGACCUUCGAGGCCAUUGGUGUGGAAGCUUUUGCUCGGUGUAGACUGUUCUGCAACUCCCUACCUGGACCUCGUAGCAAGAGGCCCCUCCCCUGCACAUGUCAAGAUCCGCAAUGAUACCUUUCGGACCCUGGCUACCGACCAGGGCUUCAAAGAGCGUGUCAGCGAGGAGAUGCUGAUCAGGCUGCUUGAAGCCUUCGUGUGGCGUAGUAUGGAUAUGUAUGAGGAUGACGCUGAAGCGUCGAUGGAAGAAGAUGCCCCGCUAUCGUUCUCCUACGUGCAGGGCAUGAAUGUUCUCGCAGCUCCGUUCCUCUACGUCUACUCCGCCCAGAGUGCCACUUUGACUUCAACGAGCCUAAGCGAUCCGGCUGCCAAAGGCAAGCAGAGAAAGAUCGGCAGCGAGAUGGAAGCCUUUUACUGCUUUGCUGCUUUCAUUGAGCGGUGUUGUCCACUGUAUGUUCAGCCUACUCUCGUGGGUGUGCAUGCGGGCCUGGAGCUCCUCGAUCGAUGCCUAAACAUUGCCGAUCCGAGUCUCUUUGCUCAUCUGCGCUCCAAGAACCUGACGGCUGAGCUCUAUGCGUUUCCCUCUGUGUUGACGCUGUGCGCCUGCACAGCGCCCCUAAGCGAAGUGUUGCACCUCUGGGAUUUCCUUCUAGCUUUCGGAGUGCAUCUCAACAUCCUCUGUGUUGUGGCUCAGCUGCUGCUGAUGAGGGAUCAGCUCAUGGACAGCGCAAGUCCUAUGAAGCUACUCAGAAGCUUUCCGCCCAUCAAAGCCAGAGCUAUCAUCGGCAUCACGACCACUCUGGUCAGGGAUCUGCCUGAUGAGAUAUAUGAAGAAUUGGUGGCUCAUACCGGUGUGAUGCUUUGAAGCGAGGCUGUUCCUGACGGCGGUGCUCCUCUUCGCGCUGGUUGUACGGUUGUCUCGAAGAUAUUGUCACCGCUCCUACACCUACUGCGCACGCUGAACACUUUUCAAAUGCAUG